GAUGGCCAUAAAUAUCCGAAUCGUCCCGUCCCGCGCAGCGCCGACGGGCGCUCGCUUCCCAAAUCUCGUGAAUUGUCCCUUUCUCGAGCCGCACGUCGCCCAAGGCGGCAGCCAGGCAGCGCAGCCGAUAAAUUAAAAAAAAUUGUCACCCGUCACCGUUUCGUCGGUGUCGCCGCAGUCGCGCACGUCGUCCACACGUCUCGCCGCGCAUUCGGCCGCACGUCGUCGAGUCCGUCGAGUCGAGCAGCGCUCGUUCGCUCGUCAGCAACAACCAACCCCCUUCGUGGGACUGCAACGCAACAACAACAACUCGACCAGUGUCAUUCAAAUCACAAUGACGACAACGACCAGUGAGUGUUGAAGAGGCCCCACACAUCGCCCGACAAGACCAACAUGGGCAAAAUCCAGUAGCGCACCAACAUCGUCAGCACUACUACACCACACACAACGUCCAUCUAAUUUUCACCUGUGAAGGGUGAAAUAAAUUUUCAACGUUAUUUUAUUCCACAUCGACUUGAUAAUUCGCAAUCAUGGAUAAAGAAGAGAAGCGAGUGUAUAAACUUGUGUUAACAGGCGGUCCUUGCGGUGGUAAAACAACAGGACAGUCCAGGCUGUGUACAUUCUUUGAGAACUUGGGAUGGAAGGUAUUCCGCGUACCUGAGACGGCAAGCGUGCUACUCAGUGGCGGAAUCAAAUUCAGCGAUCUCAGCGAAACGGAAGUCGAAAAAGAGCGCCGUUUGUCUCUCUUUGGCGAGCUGCACAAUACGGACGACUGCGAAGAAUGCUGCCGGGUGGCGUUUACGGGUAGCGAGGCAUUGAAAUUUCAAGAGAAUUUAUUACGGACUAUGAUCCAGAUUGAAAACACUUUCUUCGAACUUGGAAAAACCUGCAAGCGCAACUGUAUGAUUAUUUGUGAUCGUGGUGCUAUGGAUGCCUCGGCGUUUAUCUCCAAGGAUAAAUGGGAGAAACUUCUCCGGGAUAAUUCUUGGAAUGAUGUUGAGCUCAGAGAUAAUCGAUACAAUCAGAUUAUUCAUAUGGUUUCGGCUGCUAAUGGUGCUGAAGAGUUUUACACAACUGAGGAUCAUUCAUGUCGUUCCGAAGGUGUUGAAUUGGCAAAAGAACUUGAUUACAACGCUGCUGCCGCCUGGAUCGGUCAUCCAUACUUUGAUGUCAUCGAUAACUCGACCGAUUUUGACGGUAAAAUGCGUCGUAUGAUCGGUUCGGUUUGUAACAAGAUCGGAUUGGACACCGGCGAUCGCUUGUUGAAUACAUCUCGCAAGCUGAAGUUUCUUAUCAAAGGCCCUCUACCGGAGAACAAGGUGUUUCCACGCUUCCAGGACUUUGAAGUGGUGCAUACCUAUCUGCAGAGCAACUCGCCCAAUCAGGUGCGCUUGCGCAAGCGCGGACAGAAAGGCUAUUUCAGUUACAUUCACACUGUGCGCCGGCAGCGCGAACCUGGUGGUCAGAUUGUCGAAGUAAAAACGCAGAUCACGCAUCGUGACUACAUCAACCAUCUUGCGCAGAAGGAUAAGUCACAUUUCACCAUCUACAAGAAGCGUCGUUGUUUCCUGGUGAACAAUCAGUACUUCCAGUUGGAUAUCUAUGAAGAACCAGGGCAUCCGAGAUGUAAAGGUUUGAUUCUUCUUGAGACUUAUUCUGCGCUUGAUUAUGCCGUGGAUAAAUGGCUGCCGGAGUUUUUGAAUAUCGAGAAGGAAGUCACUGGAAAUCCGGAUUAUUCCAUGUAUAAUCUGUCACUGCGGGAGGAUUGGAAGACGUCGAAAAAAUUUUGGAGAUCCAUACCAGAUUCGGAGAGUCCACCAAUCUCUGAGCCGCACUUACCUGCCGAGCAGAAAACCAACGGACAUCUGUACACCGGCAGCCAGUUGAAUUUUAAACUAAUUCAACCGACGAAUGGUCUGCCGGACAUGAAGCAGAUGAAGCCGGAAAUCUAUUAACGUGUAAAUCACGCUAUGUAUUCGACGAUUUACUUAAUUUUCUUUUGCGGUCGUUUUUAUUUUUUAAUCGUAUUUUAUUUUCCUUAUUUGAUUCUUGAGUAGAGUAUGGAUUCUUUUGAUCUUUACUUGAUUACGGUUUAUUUUGCUCAAAUAAUUGUUCGGUUUUUGUUUCUACCGUAUGUAAGUACAAGCAAAAAAAAACGUGUAUGUGUAAAUGUCGUUAGUUUUAAUUAAGUUAGUGAUAAUCUUGAUAGUCACGUGGGAUGCUAAGUUUGGUUGGAAAUUUUGAUACACUUUUGGUGCCAAUGCAAUCCGAUUCUAGAAUUUUUUCAUUGUUGAUUCUCUCAGUGCCUGUCGAAACACUUUUGUUGCGCAAUCAGGCCAAAAACGCUAAGACCAAUCUAUUAUUAAUAUGACCGGGAUGAAGUGGAUGGGUUUUGAAAGGCAGUAUUUCUUAAAAUGAGUGUAUACAUAUUAGCACCGAUACAUAGCCACACACACCACAUGGUGGUUCUAGUUGAAUAGUUAGUCGAAAACUAUUUAUCAGUCAGAAAUUUUAGUGGAAAUAUACUUGUUAAUUGUUAAUGAAAGAAGAAAAAAAAACACGCAGAUGCAACCUAGUUAGCGUGGCAAUAUCAAAGACAUUAGAUUUAGAGAAUCGUAGGCAGUAAUAAUUUGGAAUUUUUGAAGUAACGCAAAGAAGCACUCGGUGUUUGUCUCGAAUGAUUACAAUGUGCAUCAAUGUACAUAAAUAUUGAUGCGCAUUGUAAAACCAGUGGUUUCGAGUGCUUCACAUGAAUCGUACCUGGAUAUAUCAGAACACUUGCACAGAUAUAUUGGUGACUUAAGUGGUAUUAAUAAAUUUUUAAUGACAAAUAUGAAAAUAAAUUUCUAUUUUCGUAUGAUACGCUUAUAAUAAAUUGUACGCGUGCGCGCGCGCGGUGUCUCGAUUUUAAACACACUAAUCCUUCGAGAACAUUUACCUACUAAUGAAUGUGAUUGUCGAUGAAUAAUCGGCAUAUUGUUUGAUAUGUUAUAACAUGAUGAUUGUGGAUUAUGUAACCAGCUGGGUUCUCUCGACUUAUUGAUGAAACAACCAACAACAAUUGUAUUACUGUAAUACUACUACAACUAAAAAAGAAGCAAAAACACUUGUAUCGCCUUUUUCUAUGGGUAUUUUUUGAUGACGGAAUUCAAUUUGAGAGCGUUGAAGAUGUAUGAUAUAUACGCUGAUGUAACAUAUAAAUAUUUAAGCAUUCGAAACUUGUAAACAGAAAAUCAUCUCAACUAUUUUUGUAUAAACUGCAGGCACGAAAUUUAUUUGUCAGACCUGCGAACGAAGUGUAAUCCAGUCAGAAGCAGCAGUCGAACAGUCAUAAAAUAAAGUAUUCUCUAUCACUAAACAUACAAAUGUAAUGAAAUAUGUUAUGUUUAGUUAUUUAGAGUAAAUAGUGAUAUGAUUUUUGUA